AUGGGAGACAAGAGCGCUGUGGAAGAGUUACUGAAUCGAAACACGUCCCUUCUCACUGAGAAGAACAUCAAAGGCAACACCCCACUGCACUUGACAGCUCGUAUUAGCCAUGUUGAUGUUGUAGAAUUUCUCAUCUACCAUGCUGAGAAGUUAGACGUUGAAAAUGGAGGAGUAUAUGAGGUAAUUAGUAUGAGAAAUAUGAAAGACGACACGCCAUUGCAUGAAGCUGUUAGAGAUACUGUACAAAUUCUACUGGAGAAAAAGCCAGAACUGAACUAUGAGAAAGACAGUUAUGGGAGAACUCCCCUUCACUAUGCUGUAGCCUCCUCCGGUUUCCUUGUGUGGAUAGUCUGCGGUCAUUUGCUAAAACGAGACUCUUCCAUUGCGCUUCUCCAAGAUCACUAUCAAGCAACCCCUGCCCACUUGGUUGCGGAAUGUGGCAGAAGAAAGGCUUUGAUCACAAUUCUCAACGCCUGCCCUCAUUCAGUUGAGCUACUCAACCAACAGAGACAAAAUAUCCUUCAUGUAGCAGCACAAAAUGGGUCCGUUAUCGUGGUUAAAUGUAUUCUGAGUUUGGGGGAGGCAGAUGACCUGAUCAAUGAGCCGGAUAAGGAUGGAAACACACCCUUGCAUCUUGCUGCCAUGAACUUCCAUUCCAGUGUGGUUCGUUGUCUUGCUUUGACAAGAAAGGUGGACAUCAAGGCCAUCAACAAUGAUGGUAAAACCGCUCUCGACGUAGCUUAG